CAUCCACAGCGGCAUGGCAACGGUGAGGAGACGGGAGGAGGAGGAGGUGUGAUGAUGGGGAGGGGGGUGAUCAGUCUAACCGGACCAGAGAGAGUACAGCAGCAGCAGCAGCACUAUUUCCACUCCUCUGACUGAAGAAACGCACCGUGUGGCACCAGACACACACUGAUGAAACGAUGCACCACCACCGCCGCUGCAGCUCCGCACAGCUGACCAGGUGUUGGACUAAACAACAGGGACGUCGUUAUUAACGUGACAGAAGAUAAACUUGUAUGUAUGCGCUGUGCAACCUUCUCCCUGGUCCCGUACGCAGACGACCGAGAAGAUGCUGAGCCGACUGAUGAGCAGCAGCAUCAGGAGUCUGGACCGGGAAUGCAACUGCACUGUGAGGCUGCUGGACGACUCAGAGUACACCUGCACGAUUCAGCGGGAUGCCAAGGGACAGUACCUGUUCGACCUCAUCUGCCAUCAUCUCAACCUGCUGGAAAAAGACUACUUUGGCAUUAGAUAUGUUGACCCAGACAAGCAGAGGCAUUGGCUGGAGUUUACAAAGUCGAUUGCCAAACAAAUCAAAUCCCAGCCUCCAUUCACCAUGUGUUUGCGUGUCAAGUUUUACCCUCCUGACCCCGCUGCCCUAAAAGAGGAAAUCACCAGAUAUCUCGUCUUCCUGCAGGUUAAGAGGGAUCUCUACCACGGUCGCCUCCUGUGCAAGACAUCAGAUGCUGCUCUGUUGGCUGCCUACAUUUUACAAGCUGAAAUAGGCGACCACGACCCCGGGAAACACCCAGAGGGCUACAGCUCCAAGUUCCAGUUCUUCCCCAAGCACUCCGAGAAGUUGGAGCGGCGAAUUGCUGACAUCCACAAGACUGAGCUGAUAGGUCAGAGUCCUGAAACGUCAGAGCUCAACUUCCUCCAGAAGGCUCAGAUGCUGGAGACGUACGGCGUGGACCCUCAUCCAUGCAAGGAUGUGUCUGGCAACCCAGCUUUUCUGGCUUUUACUCCUUUUGGAUUCACUGUGCUGCAAGGAAACAGGAGGGUCCACCUCCUCAAAUGGGAGGAGGUGACCAAACUCAAGUUUGAAGCAAAGACAUUCCAUAUAUAUGCAAAUCAGAUGGAGGAUAAGAAGAUCAUACUGACAUACUUUGCACCUACACCUGAAGCCUGUAAGCAUCUGUGGAAGUGCGGCGUGGAGAAUCAGGCCUUCUACAAGUUGGAGAAGUCGAGUCAAGUCCGCACUGUGUCCAGUAGUAAUCUCUUCUUCAAGGGUAGUCGCUUCAGAUACAGUGGAAAGGUUGCAAAAGAGGUGAUGGAACAAAGUGCCAAAAUUAAGAGAGACCCCCCUGAGAUACACAGGGCUGGCAUGGUGCCCAGUAGGAGCUGUCCGUCCAUCACCCACGGCCCUCGUUUGACCAGCGUACCCCGGACCCGGCGGAGAGCUGUGCACAUCUCCAUCAUGGAGGGUCUGGAGUCCCUUCGAGACAGCGCUCACUCCACACCUGUGCGCUCCGUCUCCCAUGGCGACUCCUUCAUGUCUUCUCGGAGCCACAUGAUGGACCGCAGCGAGGCAAGCACGUCAGCGGUCAUCUCCGACGAGGCCUACAGCCCCUCGGACAGCGUGCUGCCCACACCCGUAGCCGAACACGGGAUGGAGAAUCCUUUGGCUCGUCACCUCAACGGUUCUCCCUGCAGCGUCGACGAGAAGGAGUCAGAGGCAGGAGCAUCGAAGGAUGGGCACGCCGCAGAGUUGUCUUCCGGCAGGAGAGCGCUGCGUAUGGUCAGGGGCAGGCCGUCACCGCCGAGCGACGUCGAGGAGCUGAACAAGUUCAUCCUGAGCGUGUUGCGUCUGUUCCUGGUCACCAUCGGACUGCUGUUCGCCCUGCUGCUGCUCCUCAUCAUGCUGACAGAGUCGGACCUGGACAUUGCCUUCCUGAGAGACAUCCGCAAGACACCUGAAUUCCAACAGUUCCACUUUGAGUACUUCUGCCCCCUGCGGCGCUGGUUCGCCUGUAAGUUACGAUGGAUGGGAGGUUUCCUCAUCAGCAAGUGAAGCAGAGACUGAAAGACACAACACGGGCCUCCACUGGUGAUGAGUUGGGACAACAGAUGGGUGAGGACAGGAGAGAAGGUGGGAGGAGACACAAGGAAAAGGAUGGCAGCCCUAUGCCCAAUAUCAACUCAGCUCCUGUCACAAGCCACGGACCGUCCCCUGAAGAGCCUUGUUUAUUAUGUUCGACCAUCACUGCGAGGAAAGGAAAUCACAUUUUACUUUGAAAAUUCAGGUCAUUUCAAGGUGUUUUAUUUUUACACAAAGCCACAGUAACAGGGAUUAAUUUAAACACUGAACGUCUGACAGACUUCACUUCUUCAACCACAGAUAAUAGCUGCCUUUAUUUUUGUAUUAAUUUAUACGUUGCAACAUUAUUGUUAAGACAGAGUGACCUGAUGUGUUGGGGUGUGUGUGUUGUGUAACCUGAGAGUUAAGAUGAGAUUGGAGCCAGACUAGCUCAUCUCAUUUUCAUAUUUCAAAGCCGCCAACAACAUUCAUGCUGAUAAAAUGUUAUUAUGGUCGCUGCUAUGGGAUUGAAAACUGCUGUUUCGAGUUUGUACUAGUAUCUGGGGGUUAGAGAAAGUGUGAAAUGGAAAACUAAGCAGCACUUACUGAAUGUAGAUCAGUCCUGAGUCAAAUAGUAUUUGCAAAUAUUCUAAUUUAUUUUAUAAAAUGUUUAGCAAUAUGUGGAAUUUGCCAUGUAGAGUGAUACAUGUUAAAACAGUAACACUUUAGAUGAUUGACAACUUCCCUGUCUUUCCUGAAUUGUCCUGAUGUUGUAUACAACCCAACAUCUGGAAUAAUGAAUUGAAACAAAUGCAAAGAAGUAGUUGCAGUAGCUAUUUGACCCAGGAGUCAUCACUCCUUGGUGCUGCCCUGUUAGAUGGCUUGAAUGAUCAUUUAUGUAAUAACUGUGACUUGUGGUCAGACGUCCAUUAAAGAGGACCUAUUAUGCUUUUGUGCUUUUCCCCCUUUCCAUUAGUGUGUUAUAUAGUUUUUUUUGUGCACGUAAAAAGUCGGCAAAGUUACAAAGCCCAAAGUCCACACUAAAGGGAGU